CACCGAUUCGCUAACAUCGUCCUCACGCCAGACAAGAGUAGGAACGAGCUCUUUCGAGCGUAAGAACAAAAACCAGUGCCAUCACAACGUCACGCUCUUGCGGCGGUGCAGGGUUCACCAUGUACCUCGAAUCGACUCGGAGCCAAGGCAAGUAUCAUGAGGGGGGACGUCUUAGGGCGGUUGAGGGGAGGGACGGCCUGGCAGUUGGACAAGGAACGCCAGAAGGCUGAGGACGCGUUGGACGAGGCGAAGAAGAUGAAAGCGCUCAACGACCUCUACCAGGACGUUUCGACUCGCUGGGCCAACCCGAGAGAACUGCAUGUUAUCCUCUCUCCUCCCAUCAACGCCGGCGUGAGAUCCUCGGAAUCCCCCCCUCUUCCUUGCUUCAAGUAUCCGGAUGACCGUCUUUUGAAGCUCAAGGGUUACCAUUCCGGAUGAGGAGAGUAUAAACCGAACUUUCACGUGGCCAUGAAGAACAACGACCGGUUCUUAAAGCGCGGCAACACCACUGGCCUGAACCGUCAGUCGCGCCGACAACAUUUCCUCGUACUCCAUCGACGGCCUCAGGUUUAUCAUCAGUGGUUCUAGCGACACACACCUUCCUCGCAAUGAUCCAAAGACAACGGAGACUAGCUCAAACCCCGGUCUUCACUGCAUAGACGCUGCCUUUGAUGGAAGUACGUACUAGUGGUUGAAUUAAAAAUCAUUGAAGUUGAAUGGGAUGAAUGCGUGUAGGCAUUGAACCGGAGUUUCCCUUUCUCGAUCUCGA